AUGGAUGAUCGCUUAGAACAACAAUUCAAUUUAUUGUCGAAGAAAUAUAACACCUUGCUCACACAAAACCAAAGUCUAAAGGUAUCCAUGCAGCAAGCUGAUAAUAAAGUAAAAGAAGUAGAAGAACAAUUAAAAAAUGAAAUGUUUACCCACGAAAAAGAUUUAGAACAAGUGAAAAUGGAUAUUGAUUAUUUGACUAAGCAAAAUCAUAGCUUAAAACAAGAGCUACAAGUAUAUAAGCAUUCCGGCGUUGAAGAAGAGCUGAAAUUAAAAGAUGAAACUAAUCAGGAACUAAUCGUAAAGUAUAAAGAUAUUUUAGAAGAAAAUUAUAGGGAUUUAGAAAAACUUAAGGAGUAUGAGAAUAUCAUUAAAGAAAUGAAAGAAGAAUUGGAAUUUGUUCACAAAGAAAAUGAAAAUUUGCAGAGGACUCUGAAAAAUUAUGAAAGUUAUAAGCAAAAGGCGGCAAAUGAAGCAGCUAUGCUGAGAAGAGAAAAAGAGGAAUUAGAAGAAGUAUUUAAAGAGCAAAAUAAAGAAGUAGCCAAGAUUGUAAAGGGAUUGGUUAACAAAGAAGACGAUAAUCGGUUUAGACAAGAAGAGUUCAAAGGGAUUUUAAAAAAAAAUCAAAUUUUAGAGAAAAAAAAUAAAGAAUUGCAGCAAAAUUACAAUAAAGCUUUAAAAGAAAUUUCUGAUAAAAAUGACCGAUUAAAUGUAUUUCGGCAGCUUAAACUUACAUUAGAGAACAAGCUUAAAGAAGAAUCUUCAAUUAAAGAAAAAUUAAAUGAAAGAAUCUUGGAGCUUGAAAAAAAGAUGAGUUUAUACACUAGAAUUAGCAAUAACCAUAUGUGUGAAAAUAAUAUUGAGCUAGACUAUAAAUUAUCAGAAACUGAAAGAAAAUUGAAAGAUUUAUUAGAAAAAAUCGAGCCUUUAAUGGAGAAAAAUUCGCAGCUGGAAAAUAUAGUGGAGCAGCAAAAAAACCAAAUAGAGAAAUUACAGCUGCAGAAAAAACAAUUAAAUUCGACAAUAAUGAGACUGAAGUUUGAUGACGCCCAGUUUUUGAAUUCAACAAAUGAGUUUCAUUCGAGUGUUUAUUUAUCUCCGGAGUCAAGGGUGGAAAAUUUUAAAAGUGAAGAAAGUAUUUAA